UAGCAGCGGCACUGCCCAUUACCCACACAAGGUCCAAACCUCCUUUUCUCGGCUCUGUUUGGAUCCUUUUGGUUUCUGUUUGCAUCCUGUGUGCACACACCCCUUUAGAUUCUCCUCCUCUCUUCCCUCUCGCCUCUCAUCCACACUGUUUCUGUUUCGACUGGGGACUGACAAGGUAGGAGGGGUUCUGAGCAUCGCUGUUUCUCCAUGCUGACUCAUGAUGACAACUGGGUAGAUAAAUGCUUCAUCAAAGUGAAUCCAAAAUAAUGUAGAAUUAAGAAUUUUUAACAGGUCUUCUUUGUGAUAUGUUUCUCCAUGCAAAUACUGCGCAUUGAAGUGCUUAUAGUAUCUGAAGAAGGAAUUCCUUGAGGAUCUCAAAGAACACAAAGGAAGACAUAAUGGUGGCUGGAAUGGUAAUGCCAUUAGCCAAUCUGAAAGCAAUCUACGAGCUUCUCUUCAAAGAUGGCGUCAUUGUGGUUAAGAAGGACAGGCGGCCACAGUCCAUGCAUCCUGAUCUCAAUGGGGUGAAUAACCUAAAGGUGAUCCGUGCCGUGGGCUCUCUCAAAACUAAAGGCUACGUCAGGGAGACUUUUGCCUGGAAACAUGCCUAUUAUUAUCUCACCAAUGAAGGAAUUGGGUACCUGCGAGAUUACCUGCACCUGCCUCCAGAAAUCAUGCCUAGAACCCUUCAUCGCAUUUGUCGCCCUGGAUCUUCUGCUCGAGUCCAAAAAGUGAAAGGCCCGAGAUCUUCCAUUUCAGAACUGAAGGCCAAAGGAAAAACCCAAGAGGGUGUUACGGACAGGCACGUUUACCGUCACAAGAGAGUUGAAGAAGAACAACCUGACAGACUUCCAAAAACCUUCAGAGGGUCCUACCAGUUGUCAGUUGGUCAGCCUAGAGAUCAAAACACUACCUUGUUCAAGGUGAACAAAGACCUCUGCAAAGAAGACGAAGGUCACAGUAAAGUUUUCAGUGCUUCUGUUCUCCACCAUGAGGGCAAAGCCACCAGAGUUCAUUACUCAGUCGAGGAGGCCAAGCCAGGUUUUCAUUCUCCUUCAGUUGUGACAAAGUUUCCAAAAGAAAUCCAGACAGUUCAGAAGGUUCCUGGUGUUCCAGUAACAGAGGUCCUGCAGGAAUCGUUUAAGAACACAUGUGCUGAACCACAAACAGGUUAUAAGGAGUCUGGAAGUGUUGCUAUGGCCACCAUGAAGGUGCAGAAGACCACAACUGAGGAACCUGUAAAAGAACUGAUCCUAGAUGAGAUGAGAAGAGAGACCAACUAUCUGGUCUUGGGGGUACUUGAAGAAGAGGUACCUGCGAGUGAAUGCGGUAUACAAAUGGUAUCAGACCCCCAGACAGUCCCUUUGAUGGAAGAGCUUAUUGAUGAUGAAGAGAAGGAUGAAGACCUUCUCCAUGAGGUGAUCAUCUCAGCUCCAUUUGGAUCUUCUGCUGAAGUUGUGACAGAAGAAUCCCACAAGAAGUUGUCAGGUGAUGUUGAGGAGAUGGAACAUGUGACGGUUGAAGUUUACAGCCCUGCGGAUAAAAGUGAAACAUCCGAGUGUGACACUUACAAAUCUCUGCAAAAUGUUCCAGAGGAAAAAACAAUGGAUUCUGACAUUACAGAUACAGAGAAUGAAAAAAACAGUGAGACAAUAGUUUCUGCAGAAGUCAUGAUUUCUCAUGAUGCAUCUGGAGCCUCCUCCACUGCAGCCACUAAAGCAGACCGUCCUGUCCCUAUAGUCCCACCAGUUUACCCAGCUCUGAAGAUCCCUCUGCUUCAGGUAGACUGUACCACUCUCACAGAAGAACCUGAAAAAGGUGAAGAUGCUCAGAAGACCGGGCCUGACUUCCCUGAAGGUUUGAGCUUCUUCUAACUCCUCCUGCUGUUUCUUCCUCUUUCAUUUGCAGUAAAGGCUAUCUUGGUGUUGCUAUGGCCGCUGGCUCUGUUUAUGUGGAUGAAGCAGAGAUAAUUUAAUCUCGUCUCUUAUUGAUACAAAUAAUGGUCCUGUCAUUUUUC